CUGACUGCGGCUGCUGUCCUGGUUGGGUUCAAACAUUUAAGUAUUUAUUGUAUAACCUCGUGUUCCGACUGCAACAACUAUCUACACAGUACGACGCUGUACACAACAGCCGUGUUUUAAAUAAGCAUAUAAAUAACAGCCUGAUAGUUUAACAUAUUGACAUUUUUGUUUUAUUACCGGCGUCUUCUGAGAUCUAAUUCCUCGAACAGACUCACGCCCUCCUUCGACGUGGAUAUUCAUAAUUAGGUAUAACGCAACAGUCUUCCAUCGUUUUUUCGCGCGCUUGUCGCGUAUUAUUUUUGGAAUCUCCGUUCAUAGUUUUUGCAGUCCAAUACAGCGAUGAGUACUUCCAACAUAAAAGCCGAAAACGACACAGUGAAUCCUACUGUAGUUGAUGCGAAAGUAGAAAUAUCUGCUGAAUCAAAAACCAUCAAAUCCGAAAACAAUGGCGUACUGCCUACUGUAGUUGACAAGAAAGUAGAACAGCCAACUGCCAUCUUACCCGCGAAUCUUGAGCAGAACAUUGUUAAGCAGCUCAGUUUUUACUUCAGCGACACCAAUUUACCUUAUGACAAGUUCCUACAAAAUGAGAUAAAAAAUGAUGACGGCUGGGUAAAAAUUGAUGUGCUAUUGACGUUUAAAAGACUUGCAUCUCUGUCCAAGGACCCAUCAGUGAUUGCACAAGCCGUUAAAAAUGCCACUGAUAGCAUUGUGGAGGUCUCAGAGUGUGGCGAAAAAAUUAGACGCAAGGCAGACAGUGCUGUACCGGUUGCCGACCAAGAGUUCUUAAACGAGAUGAUUGCGCGGUCUAUCUACUGCAAAGGCUUUCCAAAAACAGCUACUAUGGACGAACUUUUAGAGUAUGCUUCAACCUUUGGGGACAAGAUCAUUACUAAAGUCACACCUCGAAGACUCAAAACUAAAGAGUUCAAAGGUACCCUUUAUUUUACAUUUAAUACCAAAGAAGAAGCUGAGAAGUUUUUGAAUCUAGAAUCUGUUAAAUACAAAGACGUUGAACUGGAACGCAAGUGGGAAAAAGAUUUCCUCGAAGAGAAGAAAAAAGAGUAUGAAGAUAAAUUGGCAAAAAAAGAUCAGAAAAUAAAAGCAGAGACAGAAAAAUAUUUUAAAAAAGGAUAUUUACUUAAAGUUGAUAACGUGGAUGCAUCUGUUACAGUUGAUAGUAUUAAAACAAUUUGCGCCGGAUUUGAAUGGCAAGUAGCCUUUGUAAAAAUAGUUGAAAACGAAAAAUUAGCGUGGAUUCGAUUGAAGCCAGUUAAAACUGCCAAAGAUCUGUUGGAGGAAGUUGCCGAAAAAGUGAGUGACCUGGACAUCAAGUUCUCAUUACCAGACGAAGAGGUUGAACAAACUGUAUUGAACGAAAUGACCAAAGAAAUGAAAGGUGUUCUCAACAUGAAAGAUAAAAUGAAAAGGGAAAAGAACAAGAAUAAGGGAGGAAAAAGAUAUAACAAGCGGAGAAACGAUGAUGGAAAUUCUGGUAAUAAAAGAUUUAAAGCCAACGGAAAUUAAUUUAAUUAUUUGUGUAUAUUUUUUUUUUAUACAAUAAGGACCUAAACAUGUUCAUCUUUACAAGCUAAAAUUAAAGAUAACCUAUUACAAUUAUUAAAA